AUGGCCGCACGCGUUUUUGCGACCCGAAAAAUCGUCACUCGGUGGGCGUCGCCUUUGGCCGUGUCGUGCUCGGCUUUAUAUGGAAGUUAUGUCGUGACUCAUCUUCGCUUUGUACAAGGCAACAUCAAGAUUCAUUCCUUGGAGUUUAUUGUAUCAAAAGUAGUUUCAUUUGUAAUGGUAGUACGGGCUUCGCUGCAAUCAUCAUUCAAUUUCGAUCAAGUGAGGACAAAAACUGUCGAGAACCUCAUCUUUCAGUUGAUCAAUGAUGUCACAAAUAUCACCGAAACAUUCCCUCUACAACCUGGCCAAACAGCUGAGAGCCUUGUAGUAGCAGUAGAGCGAAGUGUUCAGCAGUUUCUCGACCAAGGUGAUGCAGCUAUACGAUCGUGUCCGUUAGCUCAAGGAUCGGCGUUAGAUACAUUAACCGAUGCGCUCGUUGAUGUGCGAGACACUGGGCAAUCAAUGUCAUUUGCUGGACGGGAUUUCAUACGGGACAGUUCAUCUUCACAGCGUAGAACUUCUGCGGUAAACGCUGGUAAGACACUAUUACAAGCGGUGGCACAUUUUCUCAUUCUUGCGGAUUCUAUAGAUGUCGCAUUGAUCACUGAAGGCAUCGAUAAGAUCCGCACUCUUCUCGACGGUAUAAGGGCAGCUACAUCCAAUCAAGAAGUAGUCGAUCGUUACCAGCUAAUGAUUGCUGAAAUUGAGGAGAUUGAGGAGACCAUCAGAAGACGCAUCGCUGAUCUACGUGAUCCCAACCAACGAGAUGAUCUGCUGGCUUGUAAGGGAAUACUGAAGACAUCAUGUCCACUUGUGUUUGCCACAACUAAGGCCUUUGUACGCCAUCCAGAAAAUGACGAGUCACGACAGAAUCGUGACUAUGCCCAUGGGGAAGUUCUAGCAGCUUUGAAUGCCAUGGAUGCUAUUCUACGGGGCGAAAAGGCUGAUAUGUCGUUUACUGCGCAAGGACGGUUAGGUCAUCUUAUCAGUGAACUUGAUCAGUUCCAAAAUAGAGUGUAUCUUGAGCCCGGUACCUAUAAAGCUCACAUUCACCGUCCGGAGCUGGAGGAACUUCUUGAACGAAUCGUCAGUGGCUCAGCGGCGAUUGCAGACUCGGGUAGCACUCGUGCUGAUCGCAAACAGAAAAUAGUCAAUGAAUGUAAUAAUCUCCGGCAAGCCCUGCAAGACUUAUUGGGAGAAUACGAAAAGAGUAGCGGUCGGGAGAACAGUGAAGAUGUUGACCUUGCUAUGGUUCUUGUUGGACGUAAAGCCAAGGAUUUGAGGAGGCAUUUACGAAGAGCAGUAGUAGAUCAUGUGAGUGAUGCAUUCCUGGACACAACUACCCCGCUGCUAAUUCUGAUAGACGCGGCAAAGCGAAGAGACAGUGAUGCUACAACGCAGGCUGGACAUAUGUUCCUUGAUCAUGCCAGCAAGAUUGUUGAUGUGGCACACUUAGCAUGUGAAAUGUCGUCAGAUGUAGAAGGAGUACGAAUAAUUCGUUAUACAGCAAAUCAACUGAAGAAGUUGGCUCCACAGGUAGUGAAUGCUGCACAUCUUUUGUGUGCUCGAGGAGACAGCAAAAUUGCUCAAGAAAAUAUGGACUUAUUCCGAGAUAUUUGGCAGGAUAAGGUGCGACUACUGACGAUGGCAAUUGACUCGAUUAUGACUCUUGAUGAUUUCUUAGCAGUCAGUGAAGCACAUAUCGUAGAAGAUGCUAUGACUGGCUUGCAGGCUGUUCACGAAGGCGAUGGCGACAUGCUUGACAGAGCGUCUGGCGCGAUUCGUGGCAGAUCUUUGAGGGUAUGCUCAGCAGUUGAUGCUGAAAUGGAUGCUUUGCAGCCGAGUGCUUACACGGAACGUGUAAAAUUAGCUACGAGGAGAUUGAGGGAUGAUAUGCUAAGCCAAUACGCUGUUCGCGCGGAAGCAGUUGUUACACGGCUAGAGGCUACGAGUGCAAAUUCUACUCAAGAAGAAAGAGAUCGUGACUCGGAUGAGUUCAUUAACGCUUGCACUUUGGUGCACGAUGCAGUGAAGGAGAUCCGAAAUGCCCUGUUGGUUAAUCGACAUCCCGAAGAUGUCGACUCAGACAAUGAGUAUGAAGAUGAUGGACAAACGAAUGCACCCGACAACACGAGCAGGAUAUCAGAGGGAGAAAAUCAACAACGAAUUAUGCGUCGUUUGCCUGAAGAAGACAAGAAGAGAAUCCAGGAACAGAUUGAUGUGUUCAAGAUCACUCAGACCAAGUUCGAAAGAGAGGUAGCCAAAUGGGAUGAGAGUGGUAACGACAUCAUUGUAUUAGCAAAGCAUAUGUGCAUGAUUAUGACGGAUAUGACUGAUUUUACUAGGGGUCAUGGUCCUUUGAAGACGACCAUGGACGUAAUUCGAGCUGCGCAAGAAAUUUCAGUUGAUGGAUCAAAGCUGAAUGCUCUGGCGAAACAAAUCGGAGAUGAAAGUGUGGACUCGAAUACCAAGGCGGAUCUCUUCGCGUACUUAUCUCGAAUCACUUUGUAUUGUCAACAACUGAAUAUUUGUAGUAAGGUAAAAGCCGAUGUGCAACAAAUAGGUAACGAUGUGGUUGUGUCCGGGUUGGAAUCGGCUAUGUCACUGAUUCAAACAGCCAGGAAUCUCCUGGGAGCUGUAGUAUUGACCGUCAAAGCCGCUUAUAUUGCCAGUACGAAGUUCCGUCGGCAUAAUUCACAAGCUCCGUACGUACAAUGGCGAAUGGCACCUCCGAUGAAGCAGCCUUUAGUACCGGUUCAGAAGAAGCACGGUGUCAUACGUCGAGCAAGUGAACGACGUCCAAUGGCACCAGCACGAGCCUUAGCUGAAUUUGUGCAGUGAGCAUUCUUUUGAGUGAAAGUUCGAUAUAGAUAUCUUAUUUACCAGACCCUUUAUCUAUGUUUAUCUCUUUUAACUUUUCAUGCUAUUCUCGUUUUUAGAAUUUGUUUAUGCAGGGGUAGAGCUGCUGAUUAAAUUUUGGAGGAUCUAUUUUUUACGUGGUUUUGGCUAGUAGACACUGAUGAAUUUUUUCUUAUAUUUUCUUUAGUCAAGAAAUUUUCCACAAUAUCUUGAAUCUGCACAUCCGAGCAAUGAAUCAAUAUAGUCUGGUUUUAUUCGCUGUGUAUUUAUUCGUAAAUUGUAAUAGUAAUGUAUCGGUCUCUCAUAAAGUAACGUUCCACUAUAUCUACUGAUGAAUGAUGUAUGAUAAUUUGCCAUCGAUACCGUUGCCUUGUUCACUUAAAGUAGCGUUUCUUGCACUACUUACCACAUAUGCAUUGAUUACAUGGUCCGCAUUUGAGAUGCUAUACACAUAUAACAGGUUAAUGAAGAUUUUA